AUUUUUGCUGGCCAUACCCUCACAAAUACUAGACCUGAGUAUUCUCAUCUCAUCUCUCGUUUCAGAAUACUUACUUUUCCUCCUCUCAAGACGUCCAAGUCCAUUCACCGACGCUCUCAAACAAAAGUCACAAUCCUCUUUCGUAUUCACCUGCUGACCUUUUCAUAUACGCAUAAGGAGUUCUGGAGAAACUUUUAGGGAGCAAACUGAAAAAAAUGCCAACAGGAAGUGCAUUAACCAUCUUGGCAAGCAUCGAGGCUUACUUGAAAAUGAAGGGUGUCAAGAUUCUGAAGAGAGACCCACAAGCCCAUUUUACUGGGCAAGGAACACACUCAAAGGUAAAGUUGUAUGCACAUGAAUGUAUAACUGCGCACGCAUAUUGAAGUGGCAUCCAUUGCCAGUGAAGCUUAUGGAGAUCGUUGUAUAUUUACUCACAACGGGUUUAACAGUAAGAAACAAAACUUCAGUAGUUGUAUCUCAUGCUUUUGGAUCCGUCUCAAAGAAACUAUAGAUUACUGAUAUUGUGGGUGGCAUUCUAUUGCCUUCAAACGUUCAUACUCGUGUAGAAAGAGUUAAAUUUGCUUGGUGAUGCAGUAGAAGAGAGCAAUCUGAAAGAAUAUUGAAUGUGGUUUAGUAGAUAGGUCCAUUCCAUGUAUGAUUUAUGUAUUUAUGGAGAACUAGAAGAGCCAUGAUAAUAUAAUAAUAGCAUUUGGGUGCUUGAUAGGGAUAUAUAAUUCAGUUUUAAGGAGUUGGGUACCAACAUAUAUAAGGACUAUCGGGAGAAAUACAAUCAGAUAGCUUUUAAUGUUCUUUAGAUCAUGUUGUUCUGUAGGAUCAAUGCAGGUUCUUUUACUCUCGGGUGUCUUCGGAUGCGUUCAUCUGCGAUUUCAUUUUUUUAAUUGGGCGUUGGGGCUUGAGUUUGAGCAUAUUCAUUGAGUCUUCAGUUUGGGGUAAUUGUACUUUCUGGGUUUUAAGUCCAUAGAAAAUGGUAGAUAAGGUAAGUACAUUUAUGGGUGGAAGAGUUCAUGGUUUGAAUGUUGUAAGGAAUGUGGCAAUCAGAGAUGGCAUUUUUCCUGGUGCUAGACUCACUAAGUUACAGAGAGAUACAAUGGGUUUGUCUAUUAAAAAUCAGAGGAAUUGGUCUUUGUGGAAAGCACAAACACGGUAUAAGGUGCAGAUUACUGCUAGUUCUGCUAACCAAGAAGACCUUAAAGACAGACCAAAUAAUGAAGAUGGGUCUUACUUGGGUGGGUGGAAGAGUGAAAUGGAAAGUCAGAAUUCUUCUCCUUCAGUCCCAGGACCCGUUGGAGAUAACAGCUAUGCAAUUGAAGAUCCAGAAACAUUAGAGAGAAAAAGCAAGCACUUUGAGAAAAUACAGCAAGUUCCUGCUGAGGAUCGGGACCGUGCCCAGAGAAUUCAGGUGAUUGAUAGGGCAGGUGCAGCUAUUGCAGCAGCUAGAGCUUUGAUAGCAGAAAACCCUCGCCCAGGACCUCCCAGUCCCAUUACCCCUUCCUCUGCAGAGGUUUCUCCAAAUGCUGGUGAAGGCUUGUUGUCAGAAAAAGCAAAUGGCGUUGCAGGUCCGGAAGAAGAAAAGAAGACUCCAGGUUCUGCAUCAUCUUUACCUACAUCAGAAAUUCACAGCAAUACGCCUGGGCCAGAUUUUUGGUCUUGGGCUCCACCCUCUGUUAAGGAGGGAAAAAAUAUACCAUCUCUGUCUUUACAACCAGAAGAAUCUUCAAAUUCACACGAAAAGCCUGUUGCAGAAAUUCUUGAGAGAGAAAGAUCUUUGGCAGCAUUGAAUAUACCUUUUGAGAGUACAGUACAUGCAGAGACUACAAAAACUCCAGAGGCACCUUUGGUUUUCCAAAACAGGGCAGUGCCUUCUCUUCCACCUCUUCAGUCACUUAUGGAAAUCACUGAUGUUGGCAGUUCUGAUCUCUCCACUGACUCAACUAGUACUGGAAAAGAAGGCAUUUCUGAGCUGACAUUUGAUUCAAAAACUCCACAACAUGCAUCUGAAAUAGCUUCAAUUUUGGAUCAAGAUCAUGCCAAGUCUACAAAUGCAACAAAUGGCAUUAAUCCUGAUGGUUCAAGGUGGUGGAAAGAGACAGGCAUAGAACACCGGACAAAUGGGGUAGUUUGCAGCUGGAUUGUGACAAGGGGAGUGAGUACUAAUGGAGAAACAGAGUGGGAAGAGAAGUUCUGGGAAGCAUGUGAUGAUUUUGAUUAUAAGGAGCUUGGUUCUGAGAAAUCAGGUCGAGAUGCUGCUGGCAAUGUCUGGCGUGAAUUUUGGAAAGAAGCAAUGUGGCAGGACAUAAAGAGCGGUGUUUUACAUAUGGAGAAAUUUGCAGACAAAUGGGCAAAAAAUGGGCAGAAUGAGCAAUGGCAAGAAAAAUGGUGGGAGCAUUAUGAUGCAGCAGGUCAUGCAGAAAAAUGGGCUGACAAAUGGUGUCAAAUAGAUCUCAACACUCCCUUGGAAGCUGGCCAUGCUCAUGUUUGGCAUGAAAGGUGGGGUGAAAAGUAUGAUGGUAAGGGUAGUGCUAUGAAGUACACAGAUAAAUGGGCUGAACGUGCAGAGGCUGGAAAUAGAUGGAGCAAAUGGGGUGACAAAUGGGAUGAACACUUUGAUCAAAACAGCAAUGGAAUUAGACAAGGAGAAACUUGGUGGGAAGGAGUGUCAGGUGAAAGAUGGAACCGAACAUGGGGAGAAGAACAUGAUGGCUCCGGUUGGAUCCAUAAAUAUGGGAAAAGUAGCAGUGGAGAACAUUGGGAUACUCAUGAAGAACAAGAAACGUGGUAUGAGAGGAAUCCUCAUUAUGGUUUUCGUCAUUGUUUUGAAAAUUCCCAGCAUUUACGAAGGGUACGUAAACGUGUCAGGCCAAAACUCUAAUCGUAGACAUACAUGAAUUGGAUAGACAGUGCCAUUUUCACCUAAUACUUAUAGUCAAUUCCUGUUUCUGUGAAAGACUACUACAGUCCUUACCAUUACUAGUAAAAAAGGCUUAGUUGAAAAUAUAAAAGAAAUAAUGAACUAGUCAUAAAUUUAUAAUCAAUUGAUUUGUACAAACUUAACUAUAAUCAACUCCAUUACAUGCAAUCAAUUUGAACUGUUCUCAA